ACAAUAGAAUAUACGAGCCACAACUUUGGACUUUGAACGCAGCAUUUUCCUUUUCUUACGCUAACAUGGUGUAAGGCAGAAAUAGUCACUUUAAACGUUUAAAAGGCUUAAAACUACAAUGGAAGACCGUGAACUAGAUUUGACAGAUGAUCAGAAAGCUAUUAAAGCUAAAUACCCGCCGAUCAACAAGAAAUAUGAAUACCUGGAUCACACAGCUGAUGUACAAAUCCACUCCUGGGGAGACUCUUUGGAGGAAGCCUUUGAGCAGUGUGCCAUGGGGAUGUUUGGCUACAUGACGGACACAGAGACCGUGGAACCGAUCGAUACGGUGGAAGUGGAAUCAGAAGGUGAAGAUAUGGAGUCCCUUCUUUUCCACUUUUUAGACGACUGGUUAUACAAGUUCUGUGCAGAUCUUUUCUUUAUUCCCAGGGAGAUCAAAGUUUUGUCCAUUGACAGGAUGCAGUUCAAAAUUCGCUCUAUUGGGUGGGGUGAAGAAUUUUCUCUAGCAAAGCAUCCGCAGGGAACUGAGGUGAAAGCCAUCACAUACUCUGCAAUGCAGAUCCACGACAAAGAAAAACCAGAAAUAUUUGCUAUCAUUGAUAUCUGAAGAUGCCUCAGACCGCACAGCAGACCUGGUUGACUGGAACUGAAUGAUCUACACAGCCAUUUAACGUGGUCUUUGUAUUUGAAGCACUGAUUACUAAAUAGGAAAAUCUGUUUUUAUAUUGAUGGAAGCUCUCUGUAAGAUCAUUUUAGAAGGUUUCAUAUCUGAUAGAUGCAUUGACUUAGAAAAAAAACAAAUUGAAUGUAAAUAAUGUAAGAAUUGGUAUACUGAAAGUACAUUUGAUUAAAAAAUUAAAAUGUUGAUAUAUGCUAAUUAAAAAUAAUUACGUUGAAUAAUGUGACAAAUUUCUGUUCAUGACGUCUGAUUUAAUGUAAAUAAAUCAGUGAAUGUUUGGGA